UAUGAUAAAAAUUAUAUAUAGGUUUAGUACAUAAUAAAUAAACUAUUACACUAUUCUUGAACUCAAUGCAACAUGCACCUAGAAACAGAUCAAACAAAACUAUCUGAAACUGGCCAAAAUCUAUCAUCCUGAUGUUUACAAGGGAAAUGAUGCCAAUAGGUAAGAUUUAAAUAUCAUUUUAGAUUCAAGCUCAUUUAGGAAGCCUACAACACACUAAAAACUCCAGAAAAACGGCAAUCAUAUGAUCAAACCAUAUUUAAGGAAAGAGCCUUUGCGAAUUAGGAACGGUCUCAAAGCAGUGAAUCCGAAGAAAAUACAUAGAAGAAUGAAUACACAGCCUAACAAACCAAGGACGGAAUCAAUUUCACAUUUACAAAAAAGGAAUAUAAGGAGGCAACUGAAGAGAAGACUGUUGAGGAGGAUUUUAGAAAAUUUAUGUAGGAACCUCUAAAAAUUAAUCCAGAAGAAGUCAAAGUUUAUGAGAAUGUUGUUGCUAGACAAAUGACAAAGGAACACAAGGCUUAGGAUGAAUUCAUAAUUGCAAAAGAAAACAAAUGGAAAAUCUUCUUUUUCAAAGCACAUCAGAUUGGCUAUGCCUAAUAAGUUAAGGAAUAUAUCAAAGGUAUAAAUUAAUAGUGGUAAUAAAAAAAGAAUGAUACUGACGAGAUGAGAUAAUUGAAAAGGCAGAUGCAAAAGCGUAUUGCUAAUGUAUUACAUUUGUAUCAUUAACUUUAGUCCAUUUUAUUCAUUUUUAUUGGGCUCUCUCUACCAUUCUUUUACUCUGCUUUAGCAAGAAGACAGGAAAUCGAUAAAGAUUUUAAAGAAGAUUUAGAUUUUCUUUACAAGGUGGCAGAUCAAAUGGAUUAUCUGGAAAUAUCAACCAGGUUUGUCUAUUGA